AUGGCGUCUGAAGCCCAGAGCGAGGACCCGUCUACCGAGACGAAGUCCCUGACGCGCAAUGGACUUGAGUCUGGUCCUUUCGUCCUGCGCACCCUGCUGGCCGAUGUGCCACUGUCUGCAGAUGGCGACAAGGAGGACAUAAAGAUCAACUGUGUUGACUAUCUAGACGGCAAUCUCUAUGUCGGCACUUCAGCCUCCGAGCUCCUUCACUUCUUUCAGAUACCACCCGACCCAGCAGACAGAAGCGGCGCGAGCCCACCAUUUAUACUUGCCUCGCGGCUGAAGCCGGCUUUUGCUGAGCCAUCCGGAGGAUCGAGGCCUGGCGUUCAGCAGAUUCUCCUGCUCCCGCAGGUGGGGAAAGCGUGUAUUCUCUGCAACCACACGGUCACCUUCUACUCCCUUCCCGAGCUGAGUCCCGUCCUUACUCAAGUACGGAAUUGCAAUUGGAUCGGAGGCGUGGACCUCAACGAGGUUGGCGACAGCGGCUGGCAAGCAUCAAAGGUCACGGUUCUACUCUCCCUCAAUCGAAAGAUACAGGUUGUGAGGAUCGGAGAGGAUGCGCGCGGUGUCAAGAACAUAGACUUUGCCGGUAGCACGAUAUCGGUGCGGAGGGACUCGAUUGCAUGUGUUGCGGAUUCACGAACAUAUGCGCUUCUGGAUGUGGACCGUCAGCUCAAGAUUCCGCUCAUGAGCAUCUCCUCCCUGGAUGACUCGCAGCCCCCAAACGUUCUCGGACAUGUUCAAAACCUUCACACCACCGCCGAUGGCGGUCUGUUGCGCAGUGCAUCGACAGCACAGGCGCGGUCACACUCGCCUGCCAUCGAGGCGAGCGGGCACAGCAGGAGUACUAGCUUGGGAGGCUUCAUCGCAAAUCGCUUUCAGGACAAGAAGCCAGAAGAAGAGCCUUCACAGGCAUCCCAGCAUGCGGAUAGACCGCCACAGUCGAGAAGUCCAGCCCCAGAGGGUGCAUCGGCGUCGAAUCAAGGCACAUCAGCCGACAAACCACUGCCCGCCGCUCCUGGCAUGCCACAGUCUGCGACGGAAUCGCAAGUUUCAGCGGAAAGAAAAGCGCAGCCUGUUUUCCUGAAACCACAUAUUGCCUCGCCUACGCAGGAAGAGUUUCUACUAGUGACGGGAACAGGCCCAUUGGAACCGGGUAUUGGCAUGUUCGUGAACCUGGACGGAGACCCGACCAGGCCAACAAUUGAGUUCGACAGAUACCCUAAGGAGGUUGUCGUCGAUGGAGGCGCAUCGGACCUAUCCGCAUCGAGGACGUCUCUGGCAGAGGAGGAAGAGGGCUACGUGCUAGCAUCCAUGACCCGGGAUUUCGCAGACGGACUUCACCACGGCUUAGAAGUUCAAAGAUGGGACAUAAGCGAUGGGCAGGAGCCGAUAAAGUACUGGCUGGAGCCUCGUAGUGAUGAGGAAGCCAAUGCGCCAAACACAUCGCCCAUCGGCAUUCGACCCUUGAUGGGGAAGCAAGAAGUCCAGUUCCGGGAAGUCGUCGCGAGAUUAAGUCAGAAACGCUUCUCUCCUUUUUCAUCCGGGACGCCAGAUGCAGCCGCCACUCUCAAAAGCUCUGAUUCUCGAACAGCAAUGUCACUGGAGAGGCUGUCAAAGGAGAAGGAUCUUUUCGAACGUGAUCUUGACUCAUCCGACGACGAGCCACUUCCUGAAGGCUGGGAGGCGAGCCGCAUCGAGGAAGAGGAGGACUUUGCUGCGCGACUCGCCAAGUCAUCGGGCCGCUUGGCUAUAUGGACUGGUAGUCAUAUCUGGUGGGGUCUGAGGAACCCCCUAAUUCUACGUCUCGAAGCAGGGCUCGAUGCCAACUUGAUGGACGAAAAGAUCUUCCCCGAGACGUCCGACGAGAGGCUCCAGCUCUUCAUUGUCCUUAAUUCAUUCCGUGGCCAAGAGGCCAAGACGGAGCUUGAGUUCCUCACGUUCAGUUUCAUUCGACAGAGAGCUGGAGCAUUACUUUUCGCAAGCUUCCUGCAUGCCACCGACUCAUUAUUUGCCGAGUCGGAGCAGAAAGCUUUGGAAGAGGUUCUUCUAGACGGUGGUCUCGAUCCGAGAGUUGUCCUGGCAAUGAUACCCGGUCUCCGCAACGAGAUCAUACAAAGCAGAAAGGGCAUAUGGAUCUACGGCGGCGUCAAAGACACGAUUCAGAGAUACAUUACAAGCGAAAGGUUUACUCGGAUUGGCUCAAGCAUCAGCGCACUGGGGCCGAGGAUAUUGCAGUUUUUGAAGAAAUUCCUGACGGCGUGGAGACGGAAGAAAGGAUUUGGAAGCAUUCCCGACGAAAGCGAGGUAUUCCGGACAGUCGAUGCGGCCCUGCUGUCGGUGCUACUCGAACUGGACCAAUCAUCGCCCAAAGGGGAGGCACGAAAGGGAUCUAUACGAGAAGAGCUCAACAAGGUCGUCGACAAGGGCGUAGACUGCUUUGAUAGAGCCGUCGAUUUGCUCGAGUCCUAUCAUCGACUCUACGUCCUGAGUCGUCUAUAUCAGAGUCGAAAAUCAGCAGCCGACGUUCUGGCAACAUGGCGACGGAUUAUUGAAGGAGAGCAAGACGACGGAGGCGAGUUUCAAGACGGCGAACAGAAGCUACGCGACUACCUCUCCAAGAUCAGCAACCAGGCACUAGUGCAGGAGUACGGCCUCUGGCUCGCCGAACGGAACCCGAGGCUCGGAGUGCAGGUCUUUGCAGACGACAAGGCCCGCGCGCCCAAGUUUGAGCCGACGCAGGUGGUCAGCCUGCUGCGCGAGGAGGCCCCCGACGCGGUCAAGUACUACCUCGAGUACCUCGUCUUCGACAAGGGCCACACAGUCUACGUCGACGAGCUCAUCAACUACUACCUCGACAUCGUCAUCGCGGACCUGCGGUCGUCGGCACAGGCGCGCGACGUCGUCGCCAACACGUACGCGGCCUACCGCGCCCUACGCCCGCCCAAGCCGACUUACCGGCAGUUCCUGGCCGAGAACGCGCCGCCCGACGACGAGGUCUGGCGCAGCCGCCUGCGCCUGCUGCAGCUGCUCGGCGGCGCGCACGACUACGACGCGGCGGCCAUCCGCGCGCGCAUCGUCGACGGCGGCCUGCCCGGGGCCGAGCAGCUCCUCGUGCCCGAGACCAUCAUCCUCGACGGCCGGGAGCGGCGCCACGAGGACGCCCUGCGCCUGCUGGUGCACCGCCUCGGCGACCACUCGACGGCCGUGUCGUACUGCCUGCGCGGCGGCUCCGGCGGCGCAGAAGACAUCUUCACCGCGUCGGCGGGCACCAGCAGCGGCGGCACGGCCGCUGCUGCUGCUGCUGCUGCGAGGGAGGAGGAGGAGGAGCCGGGCCGCGUCGUCGACCUGCAGAGGCGCCUGUUCGGCGCGCUGCUGCACGAGUUCCUGGCGCUCGACGACGUGAGCGAGCGCAUCGAGCAGACGGGCGCGCUGCUGGCGCGCUUCGGCGCCUGGUUCGACGUGCUCGAGGUGCUCGAGCUCGUGCCAGACGGGUGGCCCGUCGAGGUGACGGCGGGGUUCCUCAUCAGCGCGCUGCGGGGCCUCGUGCGGGAGCGGCACGAGAGCGGCGUCGCGCGGGCGCUCAGCGGCGCCGAGAACCUCCGUGUCGGGCACGAGCUGCUCGAGAAGGUGGACGGGGCCGGGCCGAGGGUCGAGACGGGCGACCGGGUUGUCGUUUCUGGGCCGGGAGGAGGAGGAGAGUCACUCGAAGGGUGA